AUGAGAGCCUACGCAUACGACAAUGUACCAGGGGACCAGCGGGAGCAGCAUGACUCGGGAUCCGCUAUUUCAGCGGAUGAGCUCGAGCGUCUCGGUGUUGUCUAUCGGCGGAUAGCUAUUGAGGAUGAUGAUCGCUGGAAGGCUGAAAUAGAUGAGUUUGCAAAAGAGAGGGGAUACAAGAACCGAGACCAGAUCACAGUGACAAGAGAAGGACUGGGAGAGGCUUACGAAGCCAAGAUCAAGUCGUUCUUUGAUGAGCAUCUGCACGAGGACGAAGAGAUCCGGUAUAUCCUCGGCGGGUCGGGAUACUUUGAUAUUCGAGGGUUUGGAGGAAAGUACGAUGACCAGUGGAUCCGGAUAGCACUGGAAAAGGGCGACUUGAUCGUCCUGCCAGCAGGUAUAUACCACCGCUUCACUGUGGACUCGGCCGACACCAUCACCGCCAUGCGCCUGUUCCAAGACGAGCCAAAGUGGACUCCUCACUCACGCUCAACCGGGGACACGGACAUGCGGGAAGCGAGGGCGGCGUAUAUGGAUCAGCUGGGCGGGAGGGCGGGGAUCAAGGCUUGA